UUAAAAAAAAAAAAAGGGAAAAAGAAGUAAUUAGAAAAGAAGCGGUGCUUAAUUAAGCCUCAGAAGAAGCGGUGCUUAGUGGACACGUGUUGCCCAAUCAUUGACUCCGCGGAGAGGGAUUUCUCUCGCGGAAAUCGACGGUGAGAUUCAGCGUGACGAGGAGAUCGCGGAGGGCGACGGCGAGGAUAUUGGAGCAAGAGACGGUGUUGGGACAGGCGAGCUCGAGAGCGGUUUUGGGCGGAUCACAACGUCGAAUCCGUCUCCGGGGAAGGAGAGGUUGAUGGGGUCAUCGCGUUCGGCGGCGUUGAAAGCGGUGGAGGAGACGAGGACGGAGGCGUCGCAGCCGUUGGGGAAACAGUCGCUAGCGAGUUUCGUUUCUUCCUCUCCUACGAUCUCAAUUCUCCCGUCACUUUCCAUACCGAGAAGCUCGAUGGAAUCUUCCCUGUCGAUAAAUCUACUGAGUCGGAGGACAAAAAAACCAGAGCUUUACGUUGAGUGUGCAUUGUAUAUAGAUGGAGUUCCUUUGGUUUUCCCAAUGAGAACAAGAUUGAACACUACAGGUCCACCAUACUGCUAGAACAAACUCAUCACUGUCUGGGAUACAGAACUUGGGAAGUUUAAACCUUCAGAGCUCAAACAACUAAAGCUUGCAAGGAGCUUGGAUCCUUGAGUGGAGAUGAAAGACAAAGUUUCUUCGCUGUAUGGAGUGGAGUGAUGUUCAGGAAGCAAAGCAUCACAUCCCUUCAGCACAUUAAAACGAAGUUUCGUCAGCAAAAGUCAGAAAUAUCAUUUCCCUUCCACGACUUUUCAAAUGGCAGAAGAACAAGAAAUUAGAAGGCACGUUGUACUUACCAAACCUUACUCGUUGGAAGAUGAAAAAGAUUCUGAGCACACCGCUGCAAAUGUCAUCCGUCGGAUCCUUAGCCUCCUCAAGAAUGUACGCCCAGGAUCCGAUCUCACCAAUUUUCAGCUGCCACCACAGCUGAACCUACCAAAAUCGCAACUCCAAUGUUACGGCGAGAUGAUCUACAGCUUUGGUGGUCAUGAUCUGCUAGGGGAAUGCAGCCGUCGCGAUCUUCCCAUCGAACGGCUCAAAUCGGUCGUAGCGUGGAACAUCUCCAAACUCCGUCCUGUACUCUUUGGACAGGCUCCGUACAACCCCGUUCUUGGAGAGACCCACCAUGUCUCCAGUGGUCAUAUCAACGUCCUCAUCGAACAAGUGUCGCAUCAUCCUCCCGUGUCUGCACUUCAAGCUACUCACGAGGAAGAAAACAUUGACGUUAUGUGGGUUCAGCAUUUCAUUCCUAAAUUUCGUGGUGCUUAUGUGGAGCUUGAGGUAAAGGGAAAAAGAGUAAUGAAACUUCAGAGCCGAAAAGAGACUUACGAUAUGAACCAACCAAGAUUAGUUAUACGACUAGUACCCGUGCCGAGAGCUGACUGGGCUGGAAAAAUGAAAAUAAAGUGUCCAGAGACCGAUCUUGAAGCCGAGUUACACUUGGUCUCCGAUUCAUUCAUCGAAAGGUUCAGAGGCAACAACAAUAGAGCAGUCAAAGGAAAGAUCUCUGAAUCUUCCUCUGGGAGUAAGCUCUACGACAUCUUUGGUAAUUGGGACAGAACAAUAUCGGCUAAAAAUCUCAAGACCGGUGAGGUUGAGGUUCUUUACAAUGCCAAUGAGAGUAUCUCAGGACUCAAACCUCCAACUGUCAAGAAUCUGAAAGAGGUAAUGGAGAGUGAGUCUGCAAUGGUGUGGAGUGAAGUAAGUGAAGGAAUACUGAAUAAAGACUGGGAAAGGGCAAGAGAAGCUAAGAAAGCUGUGGAGGAAAAACAGAGAAAGUCUCUGAAACAGAGAGAGGUUUCUGGUGAGUCAUGGGUUCCCCAGCAUUUCUCAGUUGUCAAAAACGGUAAAGACUGGGAUUGCACACCACUACAGCCUACUGUUCCUCGUGCUCCACUCGUCAUCACAGAGGCACAUGAAGAUAUCAUGAACUAAUAUAAAGAUUCCAAGACUUUGUGUUAAUGAUAGCUUUAAGUUACUACAAUCCCAUAUUCCCAUGUAACACAAACCUAUUGGUAGAGACCGAAUCAAAGGGAAAAUCGAAAAAUUAACUCUUUUUAGCCAUUUUCUUGUCUAACUGCGUGCAACUGGCUUUCAGCUCCAUCCAGUGUUGUAAUGGAUGUAACAAUAACGAAUAGAAACGCAGAGACAGACACAUAUUUAUGUGGUUCACCAACAUUGUAUUGCUACUUCUACAUGCAAAGGAGACUGGUUUAGUAGUGACUGGAUAAAGCUUAGAAAAUAAUAGUAAAGGUUAAUUAGAGUAUAAAUAGAAAACCACAUAGCAAAUUUAUAUAUUUAUUCUGUCAAUUUUUACACAUUUAAAAUAUAAGGCAUGACCAAACCAAACUCUAGUCGAAUUCAAAUGACUUUGG